UUUCAAAUUAAUACAAUUAAAAAUGACAGAUUUAUCUACACUUACUAAGAAAGGCCAUGUCGAGGUUGGUCAUAAGCGUCAAUCGACACCUAUAAAAAUUUACUAUGAACUCCAUGGUAAUGGACCUGAGCGGGUUCUUUUGGUUAUGGGUUUGAGCAGCUCAUGUAGUGCAUGGGAUUUACAGACAAAAUAUCUUGCAGAAACUGGAAAAUACACUGUACUCGUAUUCGACAAUCGAGGAAUGGGAUUCUCAGAUGCACCACUUGGUAUAUAUUCAACCUCCCAAAUGGCUGCUGAUACGCUUGAUCUCCUAGAUCAUUUCGGCUGGAACGACAAAGUACAUCUUGUUGGUAUUUCAAUGGGUGGUAUGAUUUCUCUCGAAUUAAUCUACGCGGAAGCCACCAGAUUUCAAUCAGUUGCUUUGACAAGUACUACUUCCAAAAGAAAUGUGCCCACUUGGAUGGCCGUAUCGACACUGUCCAAAAUUAUAUUAAUAUAUCGAGACCCUAAAGAUCAACUGAACGCAGCAAUUGACUUACUAUACCCUGUGGAAUGGCUUACACAGAAACCUCUUUCGGCUACGUCACCGCAUGCUACAAACAGAGAGCUUGCAAUUAGCGGAUUUAUCAACCAUACGAGCCGAUCUCGUCGUCAAACUCCCCAAGGAAAUAUUGGUCAGCUCUUAGCAUGUCUAACUCAUUAUGUAUCAGAUGCUAGACUGUUGAAAAUCAAAGAAAGUGGUAUACCCAUCUUAAUCGUUACUGGAACUUUUGAUCACCUUGUACGAUCUGAAUAUUCGUAUCACAUGAAAAAGGUUCUUGGUGACGGUGCUAGAUUUGAAUUAUUUGCAGGCAGUGGACAUGCUAUUCCAGAGGAGCAGCCUGAUAGAUACAAUAGUUUGUUAAUUGAUCAUUUCACUGCCUCUACUUCUAAUAAUGAAGCCUCUGCGUUUUCUAAGCUUUAAGCUAAAAUGAUGGAACUUAUGAUAAUUUCAAAAUGAAUAAACACAACGCAUAUGUACCCUACCC